AUGUUCGUGGCUAGCAGCGUAGCGAGAAGCGGAGCUGGGUCGCUUGGGCGACUGCAGCGAGGAGCAGCAUUACAACCAGCUGCACGAAGCAUAAGCACUUAUUUCCAGCCAGCCUCUGACAUGGGCGUUAGCAGCAGCAGUGGGCUUAUGUCUUCUUCUAGUAGUUCGUCUUGUUCCUUGUUCAACAAGAGCAGUUUGUUUCAGCAAAAGCGACAGUACCACGAGGCCGUUAUUGACCAUUUCCAGAAGCCACGCAAUGUUGGCAAACUCGACGGCACGAAGAAGAACGUCGGCUCCGCUCUGGUUGGCAAGGCCAGUUGCGGCGAUGUGAUCAAGCUGCAGAUCGAAGUUGAUGAAACUAGUGGCAAGAUCAAAGAUGCGAAGUUCAAGACUUUUGGGUGUGGUAGUGCUAUCGCAUCUUCUUCUCUAGCGACGGAAAUGAUCAUCAACAAGAGCUUGGACGAAGCUAAGAAGCUAUCGAACACGGAUAUCAGUUCAGAGCUCAACCUGCCACCAGUCAAGAUUCACUGCUCAGUGUUGGCAGAAGAGGCAAUUCAGGCAGCCAUCGAGGACUACAAGAAAAAGCAGGGGGGAGGAGAUGGGGCAAGUGCGAAGAGUGCUGCGGCUUGAACUUGAACUUGAUGAUGUUGAUGGAGUACUAGCAUUCGGACAGUACCUACUAGUACAGGAUGACGUUGCAGUACUAGGCAAUGGGGAUCACGCUCGUCUACUAGUACAGGAUGACGUUGCAGUACUAGGCAAUGGGGAUCACGCUCGUCAACCUCACAACCUUCAUUUCCCAGUGGUACCAUGAACAAGGGAGCAGCAAGCCGUUUCACGACGACAGUUCGGCAUCUCGAUGCGUCAAAGCACCGAUUGAAACAUUGGUGCUGAGAAUUUUCCGAUAAAGAGUGACCAAUAGCACUCUAGUGUACAUGAGGCAUCCCCUCUUCUUCAUCGACUUCCAGCCUUGUCGUGUGCCGCGAUAGACGAACAUAACGUUACAGUGCCAGGAUAUUUCCAUCUUCUUUUCGUCCUGUUUAGACUGCGGAUAGAAAAGGUAAAGAUACAACCAGGGGUAGAAGCACCUCUGAACCACGUACUCGCCCGUGGCUACCGUAAUCAUUUUUAGUACCAGCAAAAGAACACUCGUAUUACUGGCACAAACUGUACCAACCGUAUCUAUGAUUUUCGGAUUUUCGUGUGAAGCAAAAUCAAAAUCGAUAAGAAAACCCGAAUUUUACCCAACAACUAAAUAUUCUGAUGUCCACCGCGCCCUCCCAGCAUGUCACUUGUUCCACCAUCAAUGACUGUAUCCUCCAGCACUGGUACGUUUUACUUGUUCUGGAAAUAGACAUAUUAGCGGAGGUGCUGGACAAGGACAGAUGUGCGGUGAUUGACAGUGCAGACAUGAUCACAAGAAACUGUAGCGUUGUUGGAUGUGUUGUGACGUACCAAGC